AUGUUGAUGAAGGCGUGGAGCCUGGAGGCGGUGUGGUGGGAGCGUGGUGGAGCGUUCGGCAGCUCAGCACGGUACGCCGAGAGCAUCAGAAGCCUCUCCAAGCAUCUGCACUCUGGCCCCUACGCUAUUCGGGCACCCGAGGGUAACUUGGUGUGUGAACUUAAAACCGAAAUGUUCGCUAUGUCGCGCUGUAUCGCAGAAAACCCCUCUUCUCGGUCGUCCCGUAUAUUGUUUUCGGUUGUUUUUGGUUUUUUUUUUUUUUUUUUGGAUGUUUUAUAGCAAAAGGAUAGAAAAUCUAAGAAGUCAACCUGGAAGUUUUGCCUGGACUUGACUCAUCCUGUGGAAGAUGGAAUUUUUGAUUCUGGGAAUUUUGAACAGUUCCUAAAGGAGAAGGUUAAGGUCAAUGGAAAAACUGGAAACUUGGGCAACACCGUUCACAUUGAACGCCUGAAGAACAAGAUCACGGUGACAUCCGAGAAGCAAUUUUCUAAAAGGUACCUGAAAUACCUCACAAAGAAGUACCUCAAGAAGAACAAUCUGCGUGACUGGCUUCGUGUCGUUGCAUCUGACAAGGAGACGUACGAACUGCGCUACUUCCAGAUCAGCCAAGAUGAGGAAGGAUCAGAGUCUGAGGAAUAACUGAAGCUUAGCUUUACACUCAGCACAGUGUACAAAAGACCGGAACAUCUAUUUAUAAGAACACUUAACUUAUUGGUGAAUAAAGAUUUUGUACCCUGUUUGACAGC